AUGGACCUGGCGAGGAGGGUGGUCGCUUGCCAACACCCAAGUGGGAGCAAGGCCAGAAGGAUCGUGGAUGAAUUGCUCGGUGGGGAUGACAAACGGUGCCCACCUCUUGGCUCAGUGGUGGCCACUAGCCUCCUCUCGUAUUCCACGUGCCUGAUCCCAGAUGGGUCUGCCGCCUCGGCGAGACUCCUGUGGGACCCUCCACCGGUUGCCCUCCCACGUGAGGAGUGGAAGGCAUGGCGCCCACCGCAGUUCGAAGGACUUGCUGCAUCUUGGGCCUUGCACCCCGAGAACAUCUCCGGGGAUUUCUCUGGCUUGACCGAAGAUCAGGAGGAGCUGAAAUGGCUCGUCGAGGAGACCGUGUCUCGGUCCCCGGAAGGGGGGAAGGACUCCCUGAGCCUCGCGGUCAAGUCCUGCCUGCACCGGGUGCUGGAGACGGUCUUCGCCGUCGAGCGGACCCUGGAGACGAACGUGGAGUUCCUGACCCUGCGGCUGGACUGGGCCAAGGCCGUCGUCGACAUGCUGCUGCUCAUCGACAGCAGCGUCCACCGCGGUGCGCUAAGAACCGUGCUGGGGCGGCUCUCCAUGUUCAGCCAGAAGAUGACGGAGUGGAGUCUGCUGGGGAGCAAGGAGGCGAUCCUGGAAGACGCGAUCCUGGACAACUGCGUGCCGCUGUGCCACGUCUUCCUCGAGGGGAAGUAUUACAUCCGGGGGACGAUCAGGGGCUUCAUCGAGUCGUUCGCCACCGACUGGGCCGUGCGGCUCGCCACGGGCGGAGACGUCAACAAGGCCUGCAUGGUUCUCAGGAACACCGGCUUGGAGCCAUGGGAAACUCUGACAGAUAUCUGGAAGCGGUCCGAUGAUUCUGUGGUCCGAGAAGAACUGCGUGAUCUUUUUCAACGAGAGGCUCCUGCUGGAGUUUACAAGGAAGAAGAUGAGCAGCAUUUCCAGAUGCUUCAGUACUUAUUGAAGACAGUUACCAACCCCGAAACAGUGCGGAAUGUCACGUUGCAGACGCUGGAAGGACUGAGCGAGGAAGAGAAGCACACGCUCCUCCUCACUCAUAUCCCCUGCACAGGUGAAGGCAUGGUGAAAUUUGUGCCUGGAGAGGCCAUAUGGCAAUACUUGGUGAGAAGUGGCGACAAGGAAACACUCGUGAGGUGGAUCACGACCGCUUCGGAAAAUGCAGUCUUUCCGUUCUGCACGAGAAUCUCUGAGGACAUGGUGGAACUCGCCACGUCGUCUCAGGAAGCUCGCUAGUUCGAAGGACUUGCUGCAUCUUGGGCCUUGCACCCUGAGAACAUCUCCAGGGAUUUCUCUGGCUUGACCGAAGAUCAGGAGGAGCUGAAAUGGCUCGUCGAGGAGACCGUGUCUCGGUCCCCGGAAGGGGGGAAGGACUCCCUGAGCCUCGCGGUCAAGUCCUGCCUGCACCGGGUGCUGGAGACGGUCUUCGCCGUCGAGCGGACCCUGGAGACGAACGUGGAGUUCCUGACCCUGCGGCUGGACUGGGCCAAGGCCGUCGUCGACAUGCUGCUGCUCAUCGACAGCAGCGUCCACCGCGGUGCGCUAAGAACCGUGCUGGGGCGGCUCUCCAUGUUCAGCCAGAAGAUGACGGAGUGGAGUCUGCUGGGGAGCAAGGAGGCGAUCCUGGAAGACGCGAUCCUGGACAACUGCGUGCCGCUGUGCCACGUCUUCCUCGAGGGGAAGUAUUACAUCCGGGGGACGAUCAGGGGCUUCAUCGAGUCGUUCGCCACCGACUGGGCCGUGCGGCUCGCCACGGGCGGAGACGUCAACAAGGCCUGCAUGGUUCUCAGGAACACCGGCUUGGAGCCAUGGGAAACUCUGACAGAUAUCUGGAAGCGGUCCGAUGAUUCUGUGGUCCGAGAAGAACUGCGUGAUCUUUUUCAACGAGAGGCUCCUGCUGGAGUUUACAAGGAAGAAGAUGAGCAGCAUUUCCAGAUGCUUCAGUACUUAUUGAAGACAGUUACCAACCCCGAAACAGUGCGGAACGUCACGUUGCAGACGCUGGAAGGACUGAGCGAGGAAGAGAAGCACACGCUCCUCCUCACUCAUAUCCCCUGCACAGAUGAAGGCAUGGUGAAAUUUGUGCCUGGAGAGGCCAUAUGGCAAUACUUGGUGAGAAGUGGCAACAAGGAAACACUCGUGAGGUGGAUCACGACCGCUUCGGAAAAUGCAGUCUUUCCGUUCUGCACCAGCAUCUCUGAGGACAUGGUGGAACUCGCCACGUCGUCUCAGGAAGCUCGCUGUGCACUAGCAAGUCGAGGGCUAUUUCCAUCUGGAGCCCGCAAUGACUUGCAGACCCUGCUGACUCUGGUGUGCGAGAUCUCCGCUUUCUCCCUCACCCCAACCCCUUUCCAUUGCGAAGGGACUUGGUACCCUUGGGAUCUCUUUGUGGAGAACCUCACUUCCUUCAUCGUGACAGAACAGCUUCAGCCCGUCUUUCCUCUUGUCAUGGCUGCCCUUCACAAAUACGGGAAGUUUCCAGAAUCAAAAGACAUUCUACCCAAGACUGCCAAAACAUUUCUGGCCUCAGCUGUGAGGCUGUGGCAGGACGAGGGGAACCCCGAGGCCCUGGCCAGCUUCAUCCGCCAUGGAUUCCUCCACAAGAGGGAGGAGAAGUGGAUCGCCCCGCACCUCCUCGCGCUCGGCCUGCUGUGUCCUGCGCAGCCGCAGAGCCUCGACGGGCAGACGUGGAGAAGCGUGAAUAAGUUCAAGGGAUUCACCCAGGAUGGGUCUUCCUCGCAGCCGGUCACCCUUUCGGAGUUCCUCCCUCCUUUGCCUCCUUUGAAGGACAUAUCAUGCUCCUUGGCGGAGCUGGCCGGUCACCGAUGGAGCGCUCCGAAGCCCGGGAGACCCGAGUUCUUCCUCGACAAGGACCGACCUUCCUUCGCCUUCCUCGCGUCUCUUGUGACUCCUCGUGGUGACGGAGGACUCAACCUGCACAGCUCUCAAUACGAAUCCCAGGUGACUCUGCGAGCGUUUCAGGAAAUGUGUCGGCCCUCCGGUCCGUCCGGCCACGUCGUCCCGGUCCCACCCGUGCCGCACGAAGUGGGAGAUUGGGGAAAUGUGUCUUGGGAGGAGAUUGCUAUCGACUGCGUUCGAUCUCGGAACCGGCUCCCCCAAGUGUGCCGCUGGGCCGCAUCUCGGAACCAUUGGCCGCUUCUCGUCUCCCUCUCUGCCGUCUUCUCCUUCCCGCAGGAUCAAGUGAUAGAGUGCUUGAAGGAACUGCCAAGUCGAGUGCUGGGAGAGAACUUGGAAUUCGCCCUCGGGAUCCCUCUGAAAAGUGAGACGCCUUCCGCAAACACGUCUCGUGGUCGGCUCUACUCGCGGAUCGGCGUUUCUCCCGAGAAGCUGCCGGGCUCGGGAUUCGGCAGUCCUGGCUCCAGCGACGCAGGGAGCCUGUUCGAAGAACUCGCCUCGGACGCGUCCCUGGCGAAGCCGCGGAUCCCGGGGAGUCCGUCAGACCUCUUCGCCACGAUUCUCGACGCCCAGCACGACCCUCGUCCCGGACCCCGUCUCCUUCGACUGACCUUUGACCUCAAGAAUCCUUUGCUUGCAGUUCUUGCAACCUGCUUUCAGGAUGUGGAUUGGGUGGACUGUGCAUGCUGCUGGCUUGCGGCCUCCUUGGGUCUAGAGAAGCCGGUGGAGCCGUGGGGCUGGGCCACACUCACUGACCAGUGUCGUCUAUGCGUCCGCAGGGGACACUUGAGCACGCUUUACGAGGCGUUUCGAAUCUUCCUCCAUGACUAUCCAUUGACAACCACAAUCCAGUACCUGCAGGACUUCUCCCUGACGAGGACCGUUUCACCUGGGUCCCCCAUACCUGCCGAAGGAGGCAACCUGUCGAAGGAAGAGGAGGAUUGCUGCUACCAGAUCCUGUUGGAGUUCCUCAGCCAUGAGUGUUUCUCAUGGGAGGAGUGCUCCACGCUCCUUGCUUCGUUCCGUGACAUUCUUCCUGACCAAUCUGCAGACCUGAAAGAGCUGGAGAAGCUGAGCUCAUGUCUUCACUCGUGGGACACGAGUCCGCAGGAUCACCCCGAUCUCUUUGGCUCCAUGGAGGCAAGGAAGGAGAGAAGCCAGGAGAUCUGGCAUCGGUUUCUACAAGCCGGGGACCUCGAGCGAGCGCGACGACUCGGCCGCAUCUUUGGUUUCCCGGGUGACCAGAUCGCUACCGUCCAGAUCCUGCGGAAACGGGCAGUGUUGCCGGAAGGCACCUGUCUCAAGGCGUGCCUGCAGUUCUGGAUCGACGAGGUUCGGAUCCUUCCAGCCACCCUGAUUCAACAGGAUCUCUCUCAUCUGUCUCCAUGGGAAAUUGAAGGUGAUUCAGUAAUACUCUACAUAAUUCUUGAUGUGGCCAAAGCCAUCAUGCAGGAACUCAAUCUUUGGCAUUUCCUGGAAUCUGCUCUCAGCAACCCCUGCCAUGAAAUCUUCCAGUUGGAAGAAAAAUGGAUUGUUGCAUCAGAAAUGAAUACCAGGUUCUGGCCCCUCAGAUCUCUUGGGUGUCGCCUCGGAACUCAAUUGCCGAGCGUGUUGCGAACCGUGUUGCUUUUAGACGUGCUAGUUGAGGCUCUUGACCAGCUCAUCUAUACCAUCGGCAUGCUGCUGUGGAGAAGGUCAGGGUCACCCGAUCCCAUUCUCAUCGAUGCACACAUCCAGGCAUUACUUAUCGAUCCGCAAUCCCAAGAGUUGGUGGAGAAGGUGCUGGAAGGGAGCGGACUGUUUGGACGGGGAGAGAUCCCCCUUUCGCAGGAUCUUCCCUGGGAUCUUCGAGGCUCCCAGUCACAGCCGAGGACCGAAGGGCAUGACCAGGCUGCACUCUUGGCCUUGAAUCAUGCCCUUGAGCAAGGUCAUCUACCCAGGGCAUGUCUCUAUGCAUGGAGUUAUGGCCUUCAGUCUGAGGAGCUGGAGGGGUUGGUAGAGGCAGUGAAGGAAGCCGAGGCAGAGCGGCCUAUCCCUCAACUACUAAGCAAAGGAAGGAUCUUGGAAGCCAUCAAUGUUGGAGCUCGGGCUGCCCAGGCAUUACAUAUACCAUAUUCUGAAUUGGUGGAGGAGUCCCGUGGUUCGCCGAACGUCAUCCUCGCUCGGCUCCUGGAGCAGGAGGAGUUUGGACUGGCUGGAGGGUUUGUGCGAGCCCUCACUCUUCCCCCCAGCGUUGUCAAUCAUGCCCUUCAUCUUCAGAUCGUCUUGUUUGCCUCUCUCUCGCAAGUUCAAUUUAUAAACUUUUUCAACACUCAUCAGGAAUUGGUGGAGGAGUCCCGUGGUUCACCAAAUGUCAUCCUCGCUCGGCUCCUGGAGCAGGAGGAGUUCGGACUGGCAGGAGGGUUUGUGCGAGCCCUCACUCUUCCCCCCAGCGUUGUCAAUCAUGCCCUUCAUCUUCAGAUCGUCUUGUUUGCCUCUCUCUCGCAAGGGCUUGACGAGGAUGGGGAGGAGAAAUUGGAGUCGCUGCUUCGCCUGUCCUCGGAUCCCCUCGGUCUCGGGGAGAGCCUGCUGGGGGAGGCCCAUGACACCCUGGCUGGAGACGCCAAGACGAGCGUGGGGCUGACCAUCGCAGCCAGCCGGUGCUUCAUGCGGGUCUGCUCCAUCGAGGGGCUGUCGGCCGUCCUCCGCCUCUCCCGCUCCAUCGCUGCUAAGCUUGCCGCUGCUCAGCUCUGGUCUCUUAUGGUACAACUGCUGAUCGGUGUGGGGAGAUUCACAGAGAUGUCUUACAUCUAUCAAAUCUUGAGGGAGAACCAACAGAGUGAAGUCCUCCUGCGGCGUGGACUUGAGAAGCACGGUGGGCUGAGGACGUCCUUGUUGGCCUACGUGAAGCGAGAGUGUCCCGGGGACCACGACCUAUACCAGCUGGUCGCCCUCACGUUCCUCCUCUACCGGGAAGUGUCUCAGAGCUGGGAGGGCGAGGGGAUCGGGAAGAUCUCCCAGCUGAUGAGCCGCAAGAGCCUGCUCAACGAUGCCCACUCCAAGUCCCUCCUCAAUGCUGCCCUCAGCUCUUUCACCCAUGCUGCAGAGUACUAUGUCCAGGCGGAGUACCUAUCAAAAGCGAUGGAAUGCUCGUCACAGGCCUGCCUUGUGGCCUUGCAGCUGAACCUUCUGAACAGGGUGGCGGUCGACGGCGUCGCUCCGUGCGUGUUGCGUCUUCAACCGGACAAGUUCUUGGCCGUUCUCACCGCCCCGCGUCUUCUUAGCUUCCGCGAGGCAGAGCUGGCGUCCCAGGCGUACCCUUGCCACGCGGUCGACUGGAGCCUGGUCCUGUUCCAUCAAGUUGUCGUUCAUGGAGACCAGAAUUAUUUGAAGGACUUUGUCAAGUCGCAGCCUCUGCAUGCUUCCCUCAUGCAUGGGAUCACCAAUCGGGCACUGGCCGAGGGAGAAAUCUCGGAAGAAAGGAGGAGGAACGUGCAGUUCCUCUUGGACCACUGCGACGACAUGGAGGCAGUCCUCCGGGCCCACCGCGAUCUCAAUCUUCCUCGGACGUUUGGAAAUUCCGAUCCCGACCUGGCUUACUUCCGUGACCUGGGCCUUCUUUAGGGCCUUCUCGCGGAUAAAGGUCGGAGCACUCUCUUUCACUCUAAUUGCUCUUUGAUUCUAUGAUGGAGCAUGUGCCCCUUUUGCAGUGUUUACCAAAAUGUGUGAUAUAAUGUACUUCAAUGCAAG